CAACACACAUUGCCGCGGAAAGCCGGCACAUUCGCCAGCGCUAAUCUAGCGAAAAAGCGUCGCGACUGUCGAAUCGGCGGUGGCUUGAACGUUUCGGUAAACGGUGUGCCAAAGCGGCUGCUAGCCAACCAAGCACAUAACUAGACACACUGAGUGGGUCAAAAAGCCAGUAUGUGACCGAGUGUUGCCCCACUAUCUCACAGUGACAGUGGUGAAUGCACGUCUCCGUAGCGUGUUUUAGCCGCUUUAUUUCGUUGCUGAGUCCGUGUGUGUGUCUGUGUGUCGGUUGGAAGCACGCGUUGCGCCAACUCGACAGCUGAGCGGUGACUCGGCGAGGGCAACACAAGAGCCGGCUGUGCUAACGGCUCAUUAUAGUUGCAAUUGCAUGUAACGGUGUUUAUAAUUACAGUUAUUGCAGACAGUGGAAUGCGAGAACAGAAGACGGACAGCGUUGUUGGUCACUUUGUUUGAUUUCCUGCCGCGUAAAGGCUGCGUGCCGCGUGCUGCCAGCAAACUACAUAUAUAUCGCUUUUAUGCUGGCGUUUUGAAUAACGGUUAAAUAUUGAUGAAACAAAGUGUGCAUACAAAAUGGUGCCGAUAAAAAUAAAUAUUUCGAGUGCGUGUUGGAGAGUGUGACAUGCAAAAUGCUUGUAAAAAUAUGAAAAAAUAUUUCCUUUUUUUCAACUCUCACAUAGUGUUUCUAAAAAUGAAAGUUUAAUGUGACCGCGAGCCUAUUUUCACCAGUGUGUGUGUGUUUGAUAUUUCAUAUUUUUUGAAAAUUUAAAAAACUGUAUGUGCAACAUGGUGCCGCCACCGAACCUAUCCAAGUAUUUAAUGAAUGUGCGCUCGUCUCAACGUAAAUUUCCGCAAGGCCCGCCGCAAUCACCACCAAACCCGCAACAACAACAACAGCAACAGCAACAUAAAUACCAAAAACCACAAUCGGCGCAGAAACAACAACGCAAUAUAUAUGAUUACAGCAAAACAUCGCAAACGGACGAGGAGAAGCAACGCGACCGACAGCGCAGCGAGCGAGAAGCGAAGAAAGAGGAGCAGGACGCCAUCAAUUACAAGCGCGACAAGGAGGCACGUGAGGCGCGUUUACUCGAUCUGGAAAUACGCCGACAACAGAAGCGUGAGGAGCAUAAGCAGCAGCAUCAGUUGCACCAACAACAACAACAGCAGCAGCAGCAGUCAGAGUCCGGCACGAGCGAGAAGAGUCCACCCACAACAUCGGGUCAGUCGCAACAACAACAGCAGCAGCAACAGCAACAGCAACAGCAACAACAACAGCAACAGCACGUGACUGGCGCUGGCAGCAGCAGCAGCGGCCCGACCACAGCGCCCCGCAUACAAACGCCACCAGAUCGUUCGUGUCCGCCAGCGUUUCGCAGUCGAUCCAUCGAGCGCGAGCUACACUACGAGCGCAAAAGGUAUUCGGCACCGGAAACAGCCGAAAUCAAGGAGGGUGUAAGCACGACACCAUCACCGCAGGCUAUAACUGGACCGCCGCCAGCCACACAUCAUUCGGUGGUGGCGGGCCCUCCGGCAACAGCAGCAGCUGCUACAGCUGCUAUAAUACCCAUAUUACCGCUUGGAGUUGCCACCUUGCGUGAUGACUCCACGGAAUCCGAGCAAUCCGUGACGUGUACGCAGGCCCAGCCAGAUGCGUAUCAUCGCAUUAUGUGCCGGGCCCCAAUAGCGUCACUCGACUGCAUGGAGGAGUUCAGUGGUACGGGAGGUCAUCUUGAUUUCGGCCGUUCGAUAAGUUUGGGUUCGAAUCCGGCACUACCGUUACGCCAUGGCUCCACACCGACGCCCGGUUUGCGCUACAAGAAUCUUGGCAAGAGCGGCUUGCGCGUCUCCAAUGUCGGCUUGGGCACGUGGCCCGUUUUUUCGCCCGGCGUUAGUGACGAACAAGCCGAAGCCAUAUUGCGUUUGGCCAUCGAGAGUGGCAUUAAUUUGUUCGAUAUCUCUGAGGCGCAUUCGGAGACGGAAAUCGGAAAGAUUUUGCAGCGCACCGGCUGGAAGCGUACAGCAUAUGUGAUUACAACAAAGGUCUACUGGAGCACCAAAUCCGAAGAACGUGGCCUUUCACGCAAGCACAUCAUCGAGUGUGUCAAAGCCAGUUUACAACGUUUGCAAUUGCAAUAUAUAGACAUUGUGAUUAUACACAAGGCGGACGCUAUGUGCCCCAUGGAAGAAGUUGUACGUGCCAUGAACUAUGUCAUUCAGCAGGGCUGGGCUAUGUACUGGGGCACCGCACGUUGGUCACAUGUCGAGAUUAUGGAAGCCUACACUAACUGCCGACAGUUCAAUUGCAUUACACCAAUAGUCGAACAAUCAGAGUACCAUAUGUUUUGUCGCGAGAAGUGCGAGCUCUAUUUGCCAGAAAUGUACAAUAAGAUUGGUGUGGGCCUAAUGGCUUGGGGACCGCUUUCAAUGGCAUUGGCCGAUACGCAAAAUGGCGAAAAACUAUUUCUGCCAAAGGGUUCAUUCAAGACGAAAAGUCAAAGUUAUUCAUGGACAGAGGAUGAAAUUAACCGAAAUGCGGCCUUAUCGCCACAAGGCAGCUGGGGUAAAGAUCGUGUGGACGAGGGGCGUCGGCAUUGUGAUCGCUUGCGCGAUUUGGCAGCACUGGCUGAGAAAUUGGGUUGCAGUCCAACGCAACUCUCAAUUGCUUGGUCACUCAAGCACGAGCCGGUGCAAUGUCUGCUUCUAGGUGCAACUUCGGCGGAACAAUUGCAUCAGAGUUUGCAAUCCUUGCAGUUACUGCCACGCCUCUCAACCAGCGUCUUGAUGGAGUUGGAGCGCAUAUUAGAGAAUAAACCGGUGCGGCCGCCAAUGAUAUCGACACUCGCACUUCGGUGACAAUCAGCCUGCCCUCAGGGGCCGCCUAGCCUCAGUGGCGGCGGCCCUUGUGGGGCAGAGUCACCGAAAAAUGAGGAAGAGGCGUUCUGCGAGGAGGCCGAUGCGAAGGAUGCGUCAAAGCAGGGUUUCUGUGUUAUUCAGUGA